AUGCCUGAUCUCGCACCCGCACCUCUCUCGCAGUGCAGCGUCACUCCUCACCGGACGAGCUGGCGCAGGGAAGAGGCCUCGAAGACCUUGACCGUACUUAUCCCUUGCUGCUUCCAACACUCCGGAACAAAGCCUAAUUCCGACGUUGAUCCGACCACGAGGAUCAAAGACAAUGGUCCGGAUAAAUCCAUGCGUCAUACUACAGCAAAAACAUGCAUGAGUAUCUCUCGAUCGUCUCUGCCGGCAUCUGCGUACAUACAUCGUUUGGCAGUCAUGGGCUGUGCCGGCAGCAAGGAAAACUCGAGCAUUACAUUUGCUCAGGCGGGUAAAAUCGAAGGUGGAUUCCAGAAGGAUUCAAGACGAUCAUAG